AUGAGUUUCAAGGCAUCCAGUGUCGCUUUGCCUGAUCUUUACGAGGCUUCAAUCGUAGAACUUCAAGAUGGUCUAGUCAAAGGACACUUCACUAGUGUUCAACUUGUCAAGGCCUACUUGAACAGAAUCGAGGAAGUCAACUUAAAGGGUCCUGCAUUACAUGCGGUCAUCGAGACUAAUCCAAUAGCCUUAUCACAAGCUGCGGCCCUUGACGACGAGCGGAAAGGCAAAGGCGGCCGUGGGCCAUUGCACGGAAUACCAUUAUUAUUGAAAGAUAACAUUGCUACGCUGCACGAAGAAGGAAUGAACACGACUGCAGGUUCCUACGCACUGCUGGGUUCUGUCGUUCCUCGGGAUGCAUUUGCUGCCGCACAAUUACGUGAAGCUGGGGCUAUAUUUAUAGGAAAAGCAAACCUCUCUGAGUGGUCCGGUAUGAGGGGCGAGUGGGGUCGUUUAAAGGGACAAGUUCCCAAUGGCUUGUCAGAGCGCGGGGGACAAACUCUUUCCCCCUACUACCCGAAUGCACAUCCGUCUUCUUCGAGCUCCGGAAGUGGCGUUGCGAUGGCCAUUGGUCUCGCAGCUGGGUCACUUGGCUCAGAAACUCAUGGCUCUAUUGUCUCUCCAAGUAGCAGGAACAAUGUUGUGGGCAUCAAGCCCACCGUCGGGCUGGUAUCUCGCUCAGGCGUAAUACCUAUCUCAUCUCAUCAAGAUACUCCUGGCCCGAUGUGUCGUUCUGUCACUGAUGCCGCGCUAUUGUUGAAUUUCAUGGCUGGGCCUGAUCCUCGAGAUGAAGUCACUUUACAUCAGCCCGGACUAGUCCCAGACUACAUGAAAGCGCUCGACAAGAACGCCCUUAAAGGUGUUCGUCUUGGAGUGCCUCGUUCCUUCAUCCGCAAUACCAAGGCCAUAGAGGAGACCUUCAACUCAUCUCUUGACGUCUUUCGAGCUUUGGGCGCGGAGAUCGUUGAUCCUGCGGAUUUCCCUGAUACAGAAGAACUACUGACAUCGAAGGCGGAGAAGCGGGUACUGGACGUGGACUUUAAAGUUGAUCUUAACAAAUACCUAUCAGAACUUGUCGACGUUCCGACAGGCGUCAAGACUCUCGCUGCAUUGAUAGAAUUCAGCGAGAAACGUGCGGACCUAGACCUUCCACCACCAUUUUACAAUGACCAAUCGCAGUAUGUCGGCUCACAUCUCAUACGCGAUAUGCUUUUAGCCAGGAUAUCUAGAUUCAAGCAAUCGGAAGCCUCUCAAGUUGAUGACGCCUACUUUUCGGCACUAGCCGAGAAUUUCGACUUGGGACGUACGAGAGGAAUUGAUGCCACUCUGGCCCAGUUCAAUCUCGAUGCUAUAAUUCUACCAACCGAAAAUGCAUCGGGACCCACGGCAAUCGCAGGGUAUCCGUUAAUUUCAGUGCCCCUCGGAUUCCAGCCAGAUGACGUCGAGUUACUACCUGUGACGCCAUCGCCAGUUUAUACGCAAGCCCCAGGACUUCCUUUUGGAAUUGUUUUUAUGGGAACCGCGUAUAGCGAGUUCAAGCUCAUCGGCUAUGCGUAUGCGUUUGAGCAGGCUACCCAUGUGAGACUUCAAAGGAGGGCCUAUGAUGAUGCGAUUCCUAGAACCCAAUUAACGGACGUUAUGUCCCAGCUGUGA